AUGAGCUCUAGUGAAGCGACACCGUCGCGAGAUGAAGAAUUUUGGGGGGGUGGGAGCGACCAGAUCCAGUUUACGCCCAAUAAUAAUAGAGAAAAAUAUUUCACGAAAACGGAGAAGCAGCAGGUUGAUAUAGAGAAAACCAGCAACCGAUUUAAAUACUUGCUUGGUCUCACGGGAUUAUUUCGACAUUUCAUUGAAGCCAAGGCGAAUAAAGACCCAUUGUUUCGGAAAAUUGUUGAUGAUUUACAUGAGCUGGAAUUGAAAACACAAUUGAAGAAAACCUCUGAUUCUAAUAGGAGAAGGAAAACUGAAAAGGAAGAAGAUGCUGAGUUAUUAAACGAGGAAAAACUGGGUAAACAAACAUAUGAAUUUAUUGAAAGUCCCGGGUAUGUGCAUGGGCAAUUACGACCAUACCAAGUUCAAGGAUUGAAUUGGUUGAUUUCAUUAUAUGAAAACAAUUUGUCAGGUAUAUUAGCUGAUGAGAUGGGGUUGGGGAAAACGUUGCAAACCAUAUCUUUUUUGGGGUACUUGAGGUAUAUGCACAAAAUAAAUGGUCCUCAUUUAGUUAUUGCUCCCAAAUCUACGUUGGAUAAUUGGUAUAGAGAAUUUAAACGGUGGAUACCAGAGAUUGAUGUAUGUGUUUUACAGGGUGAUAAAGAAGAAAGAUCCGGAUUUAUCAAGAACAGAAUAAUGACGUGUAAUUUCGAUGUGAUUGUUGCUUCGUACGAAAUUGUUAUUCGAGAAAAAUCCACCUUCAAGAAGUUUGAUUGGGAGUAUAUUGUAAUUGAUGAAGCUCAUAGAAUAAAGAACGAAGAGAGUCUUUUGUCUCAAAUUAUUAGGAUGUUUCACUCAAAAAAUAGAUUGUUGAUUACUGGUACACCCUUACAAAAUAACUUGCGUGAGUUAUGGGCAUUGUUGAAUUUCAUAUUACCUGAUGUAUUUGCUGACAAUGAGUCAUUCGAUGAGUGGUUUCAGAAAAAUGAUAAUAAUGAAGAAGAAGACCAAGUUAUUCUGCAGCUUCAUAAAGUGUUGAAGCCAUUUUUAUUAAGAAGAAUAAAAGCAGAUGUUGAAAAAUCUUUAUUACCUAAAAAGGAGAUGAACGUUUACACCAAGAUGACCCCAAUGCAAAGAAAUUUGUAUCAAAAGAUUUUGGAAAAAGAUAUCGAUGCUGUGAAUGGAGCGAAUAAAAAGGAAUCGAAAACAAGAUUGUUGAAUAUUGUUAUGCAAUUGAGAAAAUGUUGUAACCAUCCAUAUUUAUUUGAAGGGGUUGAGCCGGGUCCUCCGUAUACAACAGAUGAACAUUUAGUUUUCAACGCACAAAAGAUGAUUAUCUUAGAUCUGUUGUUGAAAAAAUUCAAAGCAGAAGGCUCAAGAGUAUUGAUAUUUUCGCAGAUGAGUAGAAUGUUGGAUAUUUUAGAGGACUAUUGCUUUUUCCGAAAUUAUCAAUAUUGUAGGAUUGAUGGACAAACUGAGCAUACAGAUAGAAUCAGUGCCAUUGACGAAUACAACAAACCGGGGAGUGAAAAAUUUGUAUUUUUAUUAACUACUAGAGCUGGUGGGUUGGGUAUCAAUUUGACGUCCGCUGAUAUUGUUAUAUUGUUUGACUCCGACUGGAACCCACAAGCAGAUUUACAAGCCAUGGACCGUGCGCAUAGAAUCGGACAAACAAAACAAGUCAAGGUAUUCAGAUUUAUUACAGAGAAUGCCAUUGAAGAAAAGAUUCUUGAAAGAGCAGCGCAAAAAUUGAGGUUGGAUCAGUUGGUAAUACAGCAGGGUCGAAAUACAGCAAAUAUCGAUGGGCAACAAAGUAGUAAAGCGGCUUCAAAGAAUGAGUUAUUGGAUAUGAUUCAGCAUGGAGCUGCUGAUGUGUUUAAGAAAGAAGACGGAGAAGGAGAAGAAGGUGGAGCAAAUGGGGCUAUAAAGGAAUUGGAUAUUGAGGAGAUUUUAAAGCGGUCAGAAGAAAAGACGCAAGAGCUUAAUGACAAAUAUUCCAAAUUGAAUUUAAACGCUUUGCAACAUUUCACGAAUGAUGAAAGUGUUUAUGAAUGGAAUGGAGAAAAUUUCAAGAAAAAAGAACCAACUGCCAUAACUAAUGUAGGACAUGCAUGGAUAAAUCCUGGGAAAAGAGAGCGUAAGGAGAAUUACUCUAUUGAUCUGUAUUACAAAGACGUAUUAAAUACUGGAGGAAGAACACAACCAACGAUAAGCAAGUCUGGUCCUCGGCCACCAAAACAACUAAACUUGUAUGAUCAUCAAUUUUACCCUCCCAAAGUGUUGGAGUUGUAUGAGUUGGAGAAAAAUUAUUACAGAAAACAAACGCAUAACCAUGCGAAAUUAAAGGAAGGUGAGCCGUCUACUUUAAAAGAACGAGAAUUGGAGCAAAAAUUGGAACAAGAGGAAAUUGAUAAUUCUCGUCCAUUGACUGAAGAAGAACGACAAUUGAAAGUAGAUUUGAUGAAGCAAGGAUAUGGUAAUUGGAACAGAAAAGAUUUUUACCAUUUCAUUCUGGUGUGUACAAAAUAUGGCCGCAACUCCAUUCCUUUAAUAGCUCGCGAGUUUGACGAUAAGACUGAAGAUGAAGUACGUGAAUAUGCCAAGGCAUUUUGGAAGCAUUAUGAAGAAAUCGAUGGAUAUGAAAAAUAUGUUGGACAGAUUGAACAAGGCGAGGAGAAGAUCAUCAAGACCAAGAUUCAAAAAGAAGCACUUCGUAGGAAAUUGUCACAAUAUCGGUACCCUUUGAUGGAGUUGAAACUCAAGUAUCCGCCAUCUUCAAGCACGAAAAAAGUGUUUAGUGAAGAAGAAGAUCGAUUCCUAUUAGUUCAAUUGUAUCGAUUUGGAAUAGAUCUGCCUAAUGUGUAUGAUAGAAUCAAGGAAGCUAUUCGAGAUUCACCAUUGUUUCAAUUUGAUUUUUUUUUGCAAAGUCGAAACUUGAAUGAGAUUGGAAGAAGAUGUGCUACUUUAUUAGGUUGCAUUGUAAAAGAAAUCAACCCUGAGCAGUAUGUCAAUAGAGUUCAACCAAAUGGUAAAAGAAAGGAGACUACGCCAGAUGGGCAACCGACAAAGAAACAAAGGAAAAGGUGA